AUGGCAACAAACAUCCGCACGGUGACUUGGAAUGGACUCUAUAAAGUUGUGAUAGAAACAUUAAUGAUAAACGUUAGGUUACACAAACAACGAUUUUUAUUGUGAAUAACGCAUGUACGUACACCACUCCAGUCGUUCAUGUUUUAGGCUUACUACAUAUAAGUAAGACUAAUUACUGAUGGACGUUUGGCUCUCGUGUAUUUGUUACUUUUUCAUUAAUUGUGUGAUCAUUUAGUUUCAUUUUUCUUUAACCAGGACGACUCAUUUGGUGUAUUUGAAAAGAAAAAGAAAAAGAAGAAAAAAGGCUUUUAAAUGUUACUGUCCAAAGAAUAAUAAAGAACGGUUCUCCACCAUAUUUUGCUCUUCAAUCUAUGGGCAAUUAGCAUAGGCAAAGUUUGACCCGAAAACGUAUUACUGGCAGUGUGAUGAUGCACUGAAGCUUACAAGCGUAUAAUUUAGCACCACCACUUAACACACUCAAAAGCAUGAGUAAGCACAAAAACUUAAGAUUGAAGGAGGUUUCCUUGAAGAAAGUAGGGACUUUUGAAAAAGACAUAAUUAUUUACGACUACGAAAUCACAUUAUCAACAUGAUCAACACAGAGGAAAUACGAUAUAAAGUUGUUGUGUAAAACCGGUUCAUCCAGCCAAGGGGUUUCAGGUCCCCGGAUGUAGAAGGCAUGACUGUUCCAACUGAAAGUAUUUCUAAACUCCGCACAGGCCGUCAAAAGGACAGAAGACUCGCCUGUUAGGAUCACUUUUGCAUCUUAGUCGUCACAGAAGAUGGUGCUGUCUCCGAAGAAGGAUGAUCUCGACGAAGAUGCAAGUGAAGACAAGAAGACGUCUCUAAAAGCGGCACGAGGACCAUUGCUUUCUUUGGGAGCAGCAGUUUUCAACGCCCUAGCAGCAGAAUUCACUGCCCUCGGUAGUAAGAAUGGAGUCCCGGGAUUUCAACUACUAUUUUUCUUAAGACUGGCCCAACUUCUCAUACUUCUAGUUUGCUAUCCGAUCUUUCGCCCCAAACUGAUAGGCGAAAACAGAUGGCAGAAUUUCAUUUUGUUUCUUGAACCUUUCGUCAACAAUGUUGCUACCACUCUGAUGUUCUUGUCCUUCACCUAUGCUGCACCCGGCAUCGCGUAUGGCAUCAUCCAAGGAGCAAUGCCACUCUUUACAGCCUGUAUGGGGUUUAUAUUUUUGAAGGAAAAAGUCGGGCUCAUUCCUUGUUGUGGGAUUCUCAUCAGCGUUACCGGGGUAGCUCUGGUCAGUUUCGGGAUGGCAAAACUGGCAAUGGACUCAACACACGCCGUCGUCUUGUCCAUUCUCCUACCGCUGGCUGCUGCCUUUGCCAAGGCACCAGAAAUGGUCAUAGCACGCGCCAUCAUGAAGGACAUGUCAGGUAUUACGAUGAUGUUGUAUGUAACGUUGCUAGGAACUGUAGCUCAGCUCGUACUAACCUACUCAUUCGAGACUCCCUUAUGGGUAAUGUCAACAGAGACAGCUGGAUACGUUGCCGGACUGGGCUUGUCCCAAGCUAUAUCCAUGCUGCUUACUGUGACAGUACUUUCAAUUGAAACGGCAGCCAUUGCUGUUGCACUGAGCACACUUGUGGUACCGUUCACCAUCGUACUGGACUAUCUUAUCUUGUCAAAAGUACCAAAUGUGCUUAAAUGGGCAGGUUUAUCUCUAGUUUACUCGGAACAAUAAUG